AUGAUUAACACGGUCAACUGCCAUCGGAGUAAUAUUCCCUGUCGAACUCAUGAUCCGUACUACGGCACGAUCUCGAGCGAAUUCAAAAUACAUGAUCAACCCUAUCCGGCCAAAGAACAUUCUGGAACUUGGCUAGAUAAUUAUGCAAGUUCGCAAGUAUCGGGCAACGCGGCCCGACUUGCAAACGCCGCGCGCCUCAAUCCGAUAGUGCAUAGAAAGAUGUUUCCACUAAUUAAGGCGCCCCGCUGCUCCAGUCAUCGCUACGCGGACCACGUACCGAAUUAUCGGUCUGCGAACGCGGGUGAAAUGCUUUGCGGGAGAGCGCUAAAGUAUCCGUCGCAAGAGGGGACCCUAGGUUUACGGGGGAUCGGGAUAGAGUCCCUGAUCGGCAACUUUAGAGGGCCCAGUCAGGAACUCGUUUUGCCAGAAAGCUAUGAGGACGUUUGGCGAAGUUUAUCAAAAGAGGCAAAAGUCAGUAAAAGU